GCUAGACCAACCAGAUCAGAAUCAAAUCCAUCAAUCAUCGGUCCACACCGCCCACGCCCUGGUCUUACUCCACGUGGUCAGACAUCACUCCAUCACCAGUCUUCCAGGUCCCAGAAACACCGUCUUCAGUUGACACAUUGAAGCCCCCCUCCGAGAACAAUGGCAGGCCAGUCAACCCCUGGAUCCACAGCCUCGUCGUCAUCCCAGUCAAACCAGUCAACUGCCCUGCAACAACACGUUCUCUUCUGGGAUCAGGACAACGAUGGCAUCAUCUGGCCUCUCGACGUCUACCGAGGGUUUCGUGCCCUGGGGUUUAGCAUCAUUUUCAGCCUUGGCGGUCUUCUCAUCCCCUUACUGUUCUCCUAUCGCACCAGACUCGUCCAUUCAUAUAUCCCCGACCCAUUCUUUCGUCUUUACGUGUCAGGCAUUCACAAUGCGAAACAUACUUCUGACACGGGCAUUUUCGACGUUGAUGGCCAUUUCGUAUCUGCUCGCUUCGACGCCAUGUUCGACCAGUUUGACCACACCAAUUCAGGUGGCUUGAGCGCCGGAGAGUUGUGGGCUCUGUUGAAGUACCACCGAAGCGCCUGGGAUCCGGCUGGGUCGAGUUUUGCCUUUAUGGAGAUGUGGACGACGUGGCUGCUUAUUCAGAGAGACGGCAGGGUGUCAAGGGAGGACCUUAAAGGUUGCUAUGACGGCUCUUUAUUCUGGAAAAUUGCCGACUUGGAGACUGCUCAACGGAAUGAUGCCAAAAUCAAGGGCUGA